CUCAUUUUUGCAACCUCAGCCCCAAAUCAGAUGACUUCCACUAUGAAUCAAAUGGCAUGGAGACAUCAGUAGAAAGAGGAGAGGAUCACAUCAGCUCGUUCUACCAGAGUAACCCACUGCUUGACUUGGACAUGAAACUGAGCAGGACGGACAUGUACACCUUCCAGAGCAGCGAUCUAAAACCAGCCAAGGCCAGAGGAGCACAGCUAUGUCUGAAUGUUAUUGUCGUUUACCUCGUCCUUCUGACUGCACUGAAUAUCUUCCUCCUUUACAAAGUCUUUUCGAUGCAGUCUAGUUGUUUCUCCUCCUCCGGCUCCAGGACAACGAUGCCGACCGACAUCCACAUCCCCCUGGGGAUGAACCAGGAGGAGGACCUCCGUACACUAGCCAGAAACACCAGCCUGGAGUCCAACUCUCUCAGAGGAGACCUGGGGAGGUUACAGACCCAGAUCAGCAGCCUAUGUGGGGAGGAUGGACAGCUGGGCCAGCUGAGGACAGACCUGGGUGUGGUCAAUGCCAGCACCACUCUCCUUCAGGACACAGUGAAAACACUCAGAUUCCUCAAAGCUUCACCAGGCCCACAGGGACCUAUUGGUCCACCUGGUGCGAGGGGGGCAACUGGUGUGAGGGGGGAGAAGGGAGACACAGGUGAGACAGGACAUAAAGGAGACCCUGGAGUUGAUGGCCAGACUGGUGCCAAGGGAUAUCCAGGGGAACCAGGACCCAAAGGUGAAGAUGGUGCCACUGGACCACAAGGACCAGCUGGUGCACCCGACAGUGCAGCCACUAAUUGUUCAGGACCCCCUGGGCUGCCAGGACCACAGGGACCAAAGGGGGAUAUGGGACACAUUGGUUUACCAGGGAUAUCAGGCCAGAAUGGAACCAAAGGGGACACUGGAGUUCAGGGGCGUGAUGGAGUAAAAGGGGCCCGUGGUCUGAAGGGUGACACAGGGCCGACAGGAGAGCCUGGACCAAUAGGACCUGAAGGACCAAGAGGACCUGCUGGUGUUAAUGGAACAAGAGGACUUGCUGGUCUUCCAGGGUUUCAGGGAAGUCCUGGAAUUCAAGGUCCUCGUGGAGAAAAGGGUGAAAGAGCAGCUGGACCGGCAAAUGUGCGUAUUGUUGGUGGGGGUACUCGUGGGAGAGUGGAGGUGUUGUGGUUGGGGCAGUGGGGUACGGUGUGUGACGACAGCUUCGACACAGUGGAUGGGACGGUGCUCUGCAAGAUGCUGGGGUACCAAAGAGCCUCUGCAGUCUUCACGGCAAGCCCUGGAGUGGGUAAGAUCUGGUUUGAUGACCUGCGCUGCACAGGCACAGAGGCCAGUGUGUUUGACUGCCCCCACAACGGCAUGGGCAUCAACAAUUGUCAACACAAUGAGGACGCUGGGGUGCAGUGUGUGUGAGUGUGUCCUGGAUCCAAAAGAGAGACUCCUGGACUCCAACAAAAAGACUGGAGGAGAGAUGCAUAGAGACACACACACACACACACACACACACACACACACACACACACACACACACACACACACACACACACACACACACACACACACACA